CCGUUUGAUGGAUCCGAGGAUCGCCUGGUUCCAGCCAGAGCAGCUCGGACCGUCCAACAGUCUGUGGAUGCAGAUCUGGGAGACGACCCAGGGACUGAGGAACCUCUACUUCAACCACCACUGUCACAGCAGCGGCGGCGGCGGCGGCGGCGGCGCGAGCGGCGGUAGCGGCGGCGGCGGCGGCGGGAGCGGCGGCAGCCCCGGCAGCCCCGGCAGCCCCGGCGGCGCAGCCCCGGCCGGCAUGUACCGCUCCGGGGAGCGCCUGCUGGGCGGCCACGCGCAGCCCGCGGAGCAGCGGGACUUCCUGCCCCUGGAGACGACCAACAACAACAACAACCACCACCAGCCCGCGGCCUGGGCCCGCCGCGCGGCCGCUGGCCCCUCGGCGUCCCCGGCCCCCUCGGCGUCCCCGGCCCCGCACCCCGCGGCCGCCGUGCCCGCCGCGGAGCCCGCUGACCCGGCCUCGGGCAGCAGCAACAAGAGGAAGCGCGACAACAAGGCCAGCACCUACGGACUCAACUACAGCCUGCUGCAGCCCGGCGGAGCGCGGGCCGCGGGGGGCCGCGACGGCAGCGGGGGCGCUUACAGCGGGACCCCGUGGAAGCGGAGGAACUACAACCAGGGCGUCGUGGGUCUGCAUGAAGAAAUCAGCGACUUCUACGAGUACAUGUCCCCGCGGCCGGAGGAGGAGAAGAUGCGGAUGGAGGUGGUGAGCAGGAUUGAGAGCGUGAUCAAGGAGCUCUGGCCCAGCGCGGACGUCCAGAUAUUUGGGAGUUUCAAAACUGGCCUGUAUUUACCUACUAGUGACAUCGACCUGGUGGUGUUUGGGAAGUGGGAGAACCUCCCCCUCUGGACCCUGGAAGAGGCUCUUCGGAAACACAAAGUCGCAGAUGAGGACUCCGUGAAGGUCCUAGACAAAGCCACUGUACCUAUUAUUAAACUAACAGACUCUUUUACUGAAGUGAAAGUUGAUAUCAGCUUUAAUGUGCAGAAUGGCGUGAGAGCAGCGGACCUCAUCAAAGAUUUUACCAAGAAAUAUCCUGUGCUGCCGUACUUGGUGCUAGUGUUGAAACAGUUCUUGCUGCAGAGGGACCUGAAUGAAGUGUUCACAGGCGGCAUUGGCUCUUAUAGCCUCUUCCUCAUGGCGGUCAGUUUCCUCCAGUUGCACCCCAGGGAAGAUGCUUGCAUCCCCAAUACAAACUAUGGUGUUCUCUUAAUAGAGUUUUUUGAAUUAUAUGGACGGCACUUCAAUUAUUUAAAGACUGGCAUCCGGAUAAAGGACGGUGGUUCAUACGUGGCCAAAGACGAAGUACAGAAAAAUAUGCUGGACGGCUACCGGCCAUCGAUGCUUUAUAUUGAAGAUCCUUUACAACCAGGUAACGACGUGGGGAGGAGCUCCUACGGGGCCAUGCAGGUGAAGCAGGCCUUCGACUACGCCUACGUGGUCCUGAGUCACGCUGUGUCGCCCAUAGCCAAGUAUUACCCCAACAACGAGACCGAGAGCAUAUUAGGUAGAAUAAUCAGAGUAACGGAUGAAGUUGCCACGUACCGAGACUGGAUAUCAAAACAGUGGGGCCUGCAGAACAGGCCCGAGCCCUCGUGCAACGGAAAUGGUGUUACCUUGAUAGUAGAUUCUCAGCAGUUAGAUAAAUGUAAUAAUAAUCUGUCUGAAGAAAAUGAAGCCCUUGGAAAAUGUAGAAGUAAAACUUCGGAAUCUGUUAGUAAACACUCUUCAAACUCUUCAUCAGGUCCAGUGUCUUCGUCUUCGGCCACACAGUCCAGCUCUAGUGACGUCGACUCCGACGCGACGCCAUGCAAAACCCCGAAACAGCUGCUGUGCCGGCCGUCCCCCGGGAACCGCGUGGGGUCGCAGGAGGCGCCUGUGGGCACCUUGCAGGCAGGAGGGAAAGCGCAGAGCGCCCCAGCCCCAAGUGCGCCGGGCAGUGCCAGCAAGUCGCAGCACGGACCAGCCCGGCUCUUCCGCUCCUCCAGCAGAGGCUUCCAAGGCACAGCUCCAACAAGCCACGGCGCCUCGGUGACAGACAGGCAGCCCCCGGGCCGAUCAAACAACCAGUAUUUCCACGGCAAAAAGAGGAGGCACAGGAGGGACGCGCCCCUCUCAGACCUUUGCAGAUAGUCAGCGUGGUGUGGCGGACCGUCCUCUGUCUAGAGACCUCACACCCAGGACAGCUGCCUGGGGACUCCUGGGGCACGUCCGAGCCUGGCGUGUCCACGUGUUGAUUUAGCGGUUUUUCCCAGCUCGCCACUGAAUGGAUCAUGAAGACUGACGGCUGCAAACACAAAACACAAAGAGAAAGGGGGGAAAAAGGCUGCUCAUUCGAUAAGUCAAAUGCUACAACAGGGUCAUUUUAAGAUUUAAAUCUUGAAUGUAAAUGAAAUAUAUUUCUCAUUGGCUUUAUGCAGAGGUAGCGGGAAUAGGAGUCAGUGUGGGGUGGGGGGAGCGGAGGAAAGCGGAACCUCGGAGGGCCGGGGAGGGAGGAAGGCGGGGAUCCGUAGGAAGCCCGGCUUCCAGAGGGGGAGUUGACCUGUGCAUGUUUUUUAAAAAAUAUUUUUGCAUAUAUUUACCAUUUUAUUGUGUGUAUAUAUAGAUGGCCAUAUAGGAAACUGAUAUUUGUAAUAGUGGAUUUGUUAAUACUUUUUACAUAACAUUACUGUUUAAAUUGUAAACAGAUUUCUCUCAGGAUUAGUUUGCAAAAUAAUCUGAUUUGUCAUCUUAACAUCCACAUGUAGGGAAGUCAUUAGUUCUCUUACUCGAUUUGUUUCCCUUGGCAAUGAAAUGACCUAAUAGGACCCUCGUGACCUGCUGCUGUGAGAAAGCGUCCUCUCUCAAGAAAAGGUUUACGGUGGCAAAUGACGUUCAUUUUAUUUUGUACAAACAAAUAUAUAUAUAUAUCUGUACUAUGUACUUUUGUGUGAGCACUGAAAAACCUCUCGUCAUCUCUCAAAAUUAACUUGCAACCGUUUUCUAUAGUGCUGUCGUCUUGACUUCGUGUUUGUUUCCUUUGCAGUCUUUUUUUAAUUUAAUUUUACUUUUUUAUUUUUUUAAAUCUCUGACAGGGAGGGCAAGGCCGCUGGGCCUGGUCCCGCCCCCUGCGGCGAGCCCGGGCCGCGCGGACCUUGCACGCGCGCACCUUCGGCCCCGUGCGCUGUGUGUGCUUGCGUCUCUCCUCUCUUUUCUAAAACUCAUGCUGAACAACUGUGGGAGAGAAUACCUGUAAACAGCUUUAAUUAAAUCAUACUUAAAAAAGACUAUUUUCUUAUACUCCACGUUAUGCUUUUGGUAUUGUUGAUCUUUCACAAUGAAACGGUCUUUGAUAAUGGGUCUAUUUUGUAUUGCCUUAUUAAGACCAAAUACUUCUUGUCAUCCCAUUCUUCAUCCUCUCCUGCCAUGGAAUUGUUACCUUCAAUUAAACUUUUUUAAACAUCGGCUUGUUUCAAUCAUACUGUAAAUUUUGGUUGUGGUCAGCUUUGAGUGCAAACGAGGUGUAUAUUUCUGUCUGUCGUUCGUCACAUGUUGAGUUUGCAACUCGGGGAUAUUUCUAUGAUUGAAUGUACGUGGCGUCUCUGAAAAUGCUUUCUGUAGGUGAAAGCUUUUAUGUUUAGCAUCGGUGUGUGUGGCUCUGUUGAUUGCAGCCAUUUCUGAGAUGAGAUUCUUUUAUAUAUGUAUACACAUAAAGUACUGUUGGCUUUUAGGAAUUUCUUUUAUAUACAUUUAUGAAAUACUAAAGACCAAUCAGACCAUUAGUGGACACUUAGUGCAACUUUUUAUAAAGAAAAUAAUGCUAAAAUAAGACCAAAACCAAUGUCAUCACUGAAAAUCAGCAAUUCUCAGUAUGUUCGCAUCUUAAUUCACAACUGAAAACUGUUCCAGAACUGGAGACUCAUGAUACCUGUGUGAACCGUGAGAGAUUUUAAAUGUGAUGUUACUUUGACAAUGUUUUAAAUCUUAAGAGUCACAUUUUAUCCUGAUCAGAAUUUUUAUCAAGGUGUGUCGAGCUUUCGUUUUUUGAAACUAGUUUGUCAUAACAUUGUGUGCAUAAUCACAGUAUUUAUUUUCUAGGACUAUUGUGAAUGUGUAGACUUAUGUUUACUGCUAAGGGAACAAUUAUUUAUAAAAUAAAAUUAAAUUCAGUAUUAGCUGCCUACUUCAGACACUUAAUACUUGCAGAGAUCCAUGUUACAUUUUACCACACUGACUUUUUUUUUAAACAAACCGCCCUCAUUGUUGAAAGUGAAUGGACUCUUAGGGUGCAGAUAUUAGUGUUCAAUAAGCAUGUGAUUUUAUUAAAAGUGGUGGUAGCGGGAAGAUAAUCUUGAUUCCAUUGGGAAUCUUAGGUUUUCGUAAAUUUAUUGGGAAAAUAGUUUUUCCUGUACUGCUGAAGUUUCUUUUUGGUAAACAGUAUCUUUCUAAAAAGAAAAAGCAUGAAGGAGGAAUUGAGGUGUGUACAUUUCCUCAAAUGACCAGCAUUGUAUACUCGUGAAUACUGUGUAUCUUGCAAUGAACAGUGCA